AUGUGUCGAGGCGGGAGGAUCGACCACGCCCUCCACGAGACGCAGCCCCGCCGAGCCCUGGAGGACGUGGUGGCCCUGGACGAUGCCGUGGUUGAAGCCCUGAGCGUGCUGGACCUGGAGAACACCCUCAUCAUCGUCACCGCCGACCACUCCCACGUCAUGACCAUCAACGGCUACUCUCAGCGGGGCAAUGACAUCUUGGGUGUAAGCGAUGUGGUGGCAGACGUCGACCAGAUUGCAUACACCACUCUCAUGUUUACCAACGGCCAUGCUUACAACUACACUUGGAAUGGUGUCAAUGUGACCCGUCCCGACCCCAAGACGCAAAACACUACAGAAUUAGGUUACAAGCCCCUCGCUGCUGUCCCAGUGACUUAUGAGACCCACGGUGGUGAAGAUGUAGCUGCUUAUGCCAUAGGCCCAAUGUCUCACCUGCUGCAUCGCGUCCACGAGCAGAGCUACCUGGCCCAUGUGAUGGGUUUUGCCUCUUGCAUUGGCCCCUACAAAGAUAACUGCGAGAGACCCAAAUCCCACUUCUCCCGCUUCCUACCGCGGGCAAAGAACUUCAGGCGAAAGAUUAGAUUAUAAGGGCUUAAUAGUAGCAAAAUACAAUCAAACAUGUACAUAUUGUAGAGUCUGUAACACUGUCUCGUUCCCUUUAUCUUAUAUUCUAGAUUAUAACUGGUACUUGUGGCUGCAAUUUCAGCACUGUCUCUUCUAAUCUUUACUAUCAAUUACUCCACUGCCUUAUAAAAGUAUUUUAGAAUGCACUUGUAACAAUUAUUUUCACUUCUUUUUGUUGUGUUAUCCCAAUAAAUGCAAGGUCUUAUGAGUUCAAUAGUCUACAGCAAACAAAACCUUUAUGCCAUACAUAAUGACAAUAAUCUUACUGCAUUUACUGUGUGAGUAGCAUUUAUCAUCAUUCUAUAUAUAAAGACCACAGCAACAUGACAUUUCAAAAGACAUAUCUUGCACCUUAGAAUAUAACAUCUGCAACAUAUACAAAAGCUAUCCACUGUAAGACCUUGCUGUACACUAGCUGGUGUGUGGGCAAAAAACAUGUGAAUCAAUUAAACAAGGUAUGAACUCAGGGUAACCUUUUCGUUACAUGUUCUAGCUAGUACAAAGAAAUGUCUCAAUCUGCACUUAUAUAUAAACAAUUUGUCCUGCAGAUUCUCUUUGCAAAUGUUACUGUUUUUAAACCUUAGAUAUUCAAGUAAUUUGAAUCUUGAAAAGAGAAGAGGGAACAAAAUUCUAUUUCAAAAACAGUUUUCCACAGUCACUUCAAGACAGUGCUCUUCUAUGUACAGUACACCACAAACAGUCACAUCCACAUUAGCACCUACAGAUUGUACCUCACACUCAGUUGACUGUCUCAACUCUACCUAUUUAGAAGUUACCAAGUAGUACUGUGAAUUGUGUGUGUGACAAGUUCAGAACAAGUCUUAGUUACAGGUGAUGGAAAGUUUUAAUGUUGUCUCACGAACAUAACCGAAAUGUCUCCAACCAUAUAUGUGUGUAUAUACUGAUAUGUUGGCCAGUUCUAAUUGUGACAUGGAAAAGUUAAGCAAAAGCAUCAUAUAGAGAAUUUUUCCCAUGUAAAAUCAAACUGUCUGGUAAAUAAUGGUGUUGACAACAUGGUAGAUCAUUUAUAUUUUCUAGAUUUUUAUAAACAUAAAAUAAAUAAAUAUUUUGUA